AUUGGCAAAAUGCAAGACCUGAGUUCCUGAUUACAUAGCUGCUGUCAUGGCCUCCGACGCAGCAUCGCAGAUAUCCGUUGGCGCUUUAAGUGCAAUCUUCGAUGAGACGAAGCCUCAAAUACGCGAGCCCAUCGUCCAGUGUGUCCAGAUCAAACCAUUGCCGCCUCAGCAGAACAACCAAGAGCGCUACAGAGCCGUUUUUAGUGAUAUAUCCAAUUAUGUCCAGACAAUGCUGGCAACUCCAGAAGCCAAUCGAUUUGUUACCAGUGGACAACUCCGGAAAGGGUGCUUCGUUAGGCUCAAAUCUUUUCAGUCGAAUUCGGUGAAGGGGAAAAAGAUCCUGAUAAUUUUGGAUCUGGAGGUCUUGCAGGACUUAGGCGAGGCCGAGAAAAUUGGAGAGCCCAAGCCACUUGAGAGUAAACCAGAAGAGAAUGAGAAGUCCCAGCCUACUACGAUAUCGAGCAAUGGAUUCUAUGGCUCCAAAAUCCAAGGUGGACAACUACAAGCGCCUAACAAACCAGCACAGCCACGGCCCGCAGCGGCUUCAGCACAUGCCACCAUUUACCCCAUCGAAGCUAUUUCGCCUUAUUCUCACAAAUGGACUAUAAAGGCACGGUGCACGAGCAAAUCAAAUAUUAGGACCUGGCAUAACAGGAAUGGAGAUGGUAAGCUCUUCAGCGUCAAUUUACUGGACGAUAGUGGCGAGAUCCGUGCGACUGGGUUUAAUGAUCAAUGUGAUGUGCUCUACGACAUCUUCCAGGAGGGAAGCGUUUAUUACAUCUCUAGUCCAUGCGGCGUUAAAAUUGCCAAGAAACAGUUUACCAAUUUGAACAAUGACUAUGAACUCACGUUUGAAAGAGACACGGUUGUUGAAAAGGCAGAGGAUCAAGCAGACGUUCCACAAAUUAGAUUCAGCUUUACAACCAUCGGUGACCUGCAGUCGGUCGAGAAGGAUACCACCAUUGACGUGAUUGGGGUUCUAAAAGAGGUUGCUGAAGUUUCUCAAAUUAUGUCAAAGACCACUAACAAGCCUUAUAACAAACGUGAGCUUACAAUAGUGGACAGCACGGGAUUCUCUGUUCGCCUCACUGUCUGGGGAUCAACUGCGUUAAAUUUCAACGUGACCCCCGAGUCUGUAAUAGCUUUCAAGGGUGUGAAAGUGUCUGACUUCGGAGGUAGAAGUUUAAGCUUGCUGAGCUCAGGUUCAAUGACGGUUGAUCCUGAUAUUGAGGAAGCCCAUAAAUUAAAGGGUUGGUAUGAUGCUCAAGGCCGGGAUGAAGCCUUUACCUCGCAUGCUUUAAUGCCUGGUGUAGCCGCAUCUACUACAAAACCUGAACAAUACAAAACUAUCGCGCAGAUCAAAGAGGAGCAACUGGGUAUGUCAGAUGAGGUCGCCUAUUUCUCACUGAAGGCGACUGUCAUCUACAUCAAGCAAGAUACCAUGUGCUAUCCUGCCUGUCUUUCUGAGCGUUGCAAUAAAAAAGUAACAGAGCUUGAUCCUGGCCAAUGGCGGUGUGAACGUUGCGAUAUAACCCAUCCACGACCAGAGUAUCGCUAUAUAAUGCUCAUCAGCGUUAGCGAUCAUACUGGACAACUUUAUCUCAGCUGCUUCGAUGAAGUGGGCAGAUCCAUGAUGGGUACUUCCGCAGACCAGCUCAUGGAGAUACGCCAGAACGAUGAAAAAGCAGCUGGAGAUAUUUUUCAGGAUGCGAAUUGCCGAACUUGGAAUUUCAGAUGUCGGGCCAAGAUUGACAAUUUUGGUGAUCAACAACGAAUUCGUUAUCAGAUAGUAACGGCGAAACCGGUUAACUAUUCUGAGGAAGCACUGCGUCUUGCAAACAUGAUCGAUUCAUAUAGUGUUUCCUGAUACAUGAAUUGCUUGGUAUAGUACUUUGUGACUGGUGGUAGUAACCCAGGUAUAUUUAUCAUUGAUUACUCGCAACCAGACUGUGCCUGGGAAGUUCUAUACCUUUUGCUUCCAGGAGGCGUGAUCAAAAUUCCACGUGCUUCACUCCGGAGCUCGAUACAUAACAAAUGCUGCUCUUUACGUUGCAUAAUGUCAACUUCUCUGGUAUGUCGCAUGUUGAUUCACCUACAGCUUGUCGAGCUACGUGGCAACUAUAUCCUGUUCUAUCUACAUGAAUUUGUGCGCCCGCAAGAUUGUCUUUGCAGCCAGAUAAUUCGGAUGAAAUAGUUUGGACCAUACUGUAACUUCAAAAUUCCACGGAUAAAUAAUGCAGAUAUUGCACAAUUUAUAG